AGAAAUCAUCAGUCUUUGGCGUCAGAGAUGUGAAUGCCAAUCGGCUGAAUCGUUCGCGCAAGUCUCCCGCGGUCAAUGUCCAAUCAAAAUCGAACAGAAGAGCAAUUUCAACGGUUUCAACCAAUGAGAACGCAGCGUUGGACUCUGAAAGUGCCAAUCAGAUCUCACAAUCUGCUGAGCGGGAAGAUCAGUCAUCGUCAGAGAUGGAUGAUGAGCCAUCGGUUGUGAUGAACGAUGAGUCAUCAUUGGAUCCUUCGUGGCGGCUGUCACUGACUUCAGCCAAUGAAAUCUCGUCAUUUAUGGACGCGAGAGCCAAUCAGAUUUCGGGAUUACUGGAGCGGAGCGACGAAUCAUCAUUCAAGAUGGUGGAUGAGUCUUCUCUUGAACCGUCGUGGCAGCCAUCUCCGAUAGUGAUAAGCAAGCAGCAG